ACAAAAACUUAAUCACUAUAUGAAUAUGAAUAUCAACAGCCAUGAACCAGAAAAUUCAAGAAGAAUAUACCAACAAGCACAAAAAAGGCAGAAACUGAUUCUUUCGAAUAAGAGAAGCAAACAGAGACACAUGACCACAGGUGGUCAAACAACUCUGCCCACACAAAGAAUGGCAGCCCCCUCAAGAAGAAAUCAGCCCCAAGCACAACAGUGUGCACUGCAUGCAAAUAAUCCAGGCCAAAAAUUGGACUAUCUCUAUUUGGGCUUUCCUCAUGAAAACUGCCAAUACUGCCAUGCUAUAAUGUGGACAGAUGAACGCAAUAACAGCAAGGCAAAGAACUCACCACCCACUUUCUCUUUGUGUUGCAUGGAAGGCCGGGUUUCCCUCUCCGCAUUGAAAAAUGCACCUCAGUAUCUAAGAGACCUUCUAAGCCACAAUGGAGGGAAACGUUCAGCUACCUUUCGCGAAAACAUACGGGCAUAUAACUCAAUUCUUGCCUUCACAUCAAUAGGGGCACAAAUCGAUUACGAAAUCAAUAAAACCAAAGGACCAUAUGUCUUUAGAAUCAGCGGCCAAAACUGCCAUCAAAUUGGUUCACUAAAUCCCCAACCAGGGAAACCCCGGAAGUUCCUCCAACUAUAUAUGUAUGAUAACAAAACAGAGGAAGUGUGUUCAAGGAUAAAGUCACUUACAAAGGACAAACCAAACUCCAAGCUAGAUGAGAGCAUUCUCUCAGACCUAAUAACAAUGCUUGACAGGGAGAAUUGUUUGGCAAAAACAUUCAGAAUGGCACGAGAUAGAAUGAAAGAAAGUGAAGAUGUACAGUUGCAACUGCACCUCUUAUCAGAGCGCACACCAAAACAGAGGCAGUAUAAUGCACCCACAGCAUCAGAAGUAGCGGCACUAAUAGUAGGGGAUUUUGUGCAAGCACCAGAUGGAAGAAAUAUAGUUGUAGAACAUAAAACAAAAGGCCUUCAAGAGAUUAAUGAAAGACACCCAUCUUUGAUGGCAUUGCAGUAUCCCCUACUUUUCCCACAUGGAGAAGACGGGUACCAUGAAAAAAUCCUAUACACUGAUUCUCCACGUAUGCAAGUCUCCCGGGCGUACGUCACCAUGAGAGAAUACUAUGCUUAUCGCAUUCAACAAAGACUCACUGAAGGUACAACACAUCUCCAGGGAGGAAGACUUUUCCAACAAUAUUUGGGGNAUGAAAAAAUCCUAUACACUGAUUCUCCACGUAUGCAAGUCUCCCGGGCGUACGUCACCAUGAGAGAAUACUAUGCUUAUCGCAUUCAACAAAGACUCACUGAAGGAGAACAACUAUUAACACUAAAAGAUACUCAGAACAUAGCUGAGGUUGUGAAUGAUGACACCGCACAACAAACAAUGUUCACACAGUGGCUAGAAAGAAACAGCCAUGAUGCUGAAGCACGAGCUCUAACUUACGCGGAAUUCCCAAGUAAGUUUGUGUGGAACCAAAGAGUCAGGGUCUGGAGUGAAGAACAUCAACAAUGGAAGUAUGUAAAACAAUGGACAAAGAGAAAACAAGGUAACUGCCUUGGAAGAAUCGCAUAUGUCCACCCAACAGCGGGCGAACGUUAUUACUUACGAUUACUUCUUAACUCCACCCGAGGACCAACAUCAUAUGAAGACAUACGCACCAUAAACAAUGUUCUCCACCCAACUUUCAAAGCAGCGUGUUACGCACUUGGAUCGCUAAGUGACGACAAAGAAUGGAUAGAAGCUAUCCAAGAAGCAAAUGAAUGGGCCACGGCAAAUCAAGCGCGAGAGCUUUUUGUUACAAUCCUUCUUUUCUGCGAGGUGAAUCCUUCUUUUCUGCGAGGUGACAGACCCCAACCAGUUCUGGGAGAACACCAAAAACAUUCUUCAAGAUGAUAUCUUGCACAGAAGAAGAAAAAUGUACCGCCAUCCAGACCUGCACCUUACACCAACACAAAUACAAACAUACUGCCUCCUGGAGCUUGAUAAAAUAUUACAGCGGUUUGGUAAAACACUCUCUGACUUCCCGUCCCUCCCGCAACCUAGCAUCAGUGAGAUCAGUUCAUUAGAUAAUAGAAUGAUCCGAGAGGAACUAAGCUACAACAUAACUGAGUUGCAGGCCCUCCAUAGACAGAAUAUGACUCUACUCAAUGGGGAACAACUGAAAGCCUAUAAUGCUGUCAUCAUUGCUGUAGAAACAGGACAGGGAGGCGUCUUCUUUGUAUAUGGCCAUGGUGGAACAGGGAAAACAUUCUUGUACUCUACUAUAGCUGCCAAAAUUCGAAGUGAACGAAAAAUAGUGCUAACUGUGGCAUCCUCAGGAAUUGCAGCCCUUCUACUACCCGGUGGCCGCACUGCACACAGCAGAUUUGAUAUCCCUAUAGAAUUAUUUGAGGGAAGCACAUGUGGGGUCCGACAACAAACUCAAUUGGCAGGCCUAUUGAAAAAGUGCUCAUUAAUAAUAUGGGAUGAAGCUCCAAUGGCAAACAAACUAGCAUUUGAAGCAGUCGACCGCACACUAAAGGAUAUUGUCUCCUCUGAAAAUAAGGCAGCAGCCCAUCU